AUGGGAGGAAAGGAGAUGUUGAAUCUAGCCCGGGUGCCAUCUAUUCUCAUGCUCGGCAUGGUUUAUGUGGCCUAUGUGUUGAUUGGUGGUGUAAUCUUCUGGGAACUGGAAGGAGAACUUGGAAAAAAGGAUCCCACUCCUUUACGCUAUCAAAAACAGAGUUUGUUUAUGAGGUACAGCUGUCUAAACCAAGAAGGUCUGGAGGAAGUGGCUAAGUUUGUUCAAGAUGCAUCAAAAGCUGGUCUGAGUUUAAAAACCAACAGCACCUCAGACGGCUUCUGGAAGUUCACCAGCUCGGCUGUGUUCGCUGCCACUGUGGUCACAACUAUCGGGUAUGGAAACAUGAGUCCCAGCUCAACAGCUGGGCAGAUCUUUUGUGUCUUCUUUGCGCUCUUUGGGAUUCCUCUUAACGUGGUGGUGCUGAACAGAGUGGGAAAGUACAUGCUUGCUAUAGGAAGGAAUAUAUCUGAUUUCAUAGAAAGCAAAACCGGAGGAAAGGGGUAUACCCAUUAUUUUGUUCACCUGUUUUUCUACAUCUGUGGGGUUGUUCUCUUCUUCAUCAUGCCAAUGGCUGUGUUCAAAGAGCGUGAGAACUGGACUUACUCUCAGGCAAUGUACUACUGCUUCAUCACCCUAAGCACCAUCGGUUUUGGGGAUUUUGUAGCAGAUAGUAAUCCAGAUAUAAACUACCCUGACUGGUACAGUGUCCUCAUGGCCUCAUGGAUCUUUUUUGGCCUGGCCUGGCUGGCUCUGCUGAUCAACCACGGCAUAGAAAACCUUGAACGGUUUAAUGCCUUCAUGAAGAAGGGCUGCUUUGGUAAGAAGACUCAAGAAGAGUCUGCCAGCACGGACGCGGAUAACAACCCUGACACUCAAGUGGAAGACGAGGAUCAGACCAAGAAGCCUCCACUACCUCAGUAAUUAACAAUGAGGUGAAGGUUCUAGAGCAGGGGUCACCAACCCAACCCAACCCAACUUCAUGGGUACUGAGUCAUAGUAGGAGCUAUGAACUGGCAAGGUCAGCGUUCACCUAAACUCCAUACAUAUUUUUAUUGUUUCUUCUUAUUUCUAAUUUUCUUUUAGAUGUUGUCAUUUUGAAAUCUCUAUAAAUGCUUAAAUGCUCUAUGAUGAAAUCCUGCAUAAAUUAUUAACUGAAAGAGGUACAGAAUAAAAUACAUUUCAAACUCAGCCCACUGGUGAGUUGUUCUGUUUUCAAAAAAACGCACCCCCCAAGUGCUCCUUGAGAGCCCCUUGGUGAUGACCCCUGCUCUAGUGAGUUAAUUACAGGAUGACUGGCCCUGUAUUUAGAAUUUGGAUCUGGUGAUCGAGUUCUGUGUUAUCAGGCUGUAAAUGCUGUAAUUCUUUAUAAUCACCAAUUGAUUGACACAGGGCUAAUUAAAGGUUGUUAAGUUUUGACAAUCUUUCUCCAGAGCCAAGGAGUGGCAUACGAGUGGGAUAAGAAAACAUGGUUCAUUGUUGUCCACAAAGGAGAUAGAGUUUGUGUAGUUUAAAAAUAAAAUAAAAAACAAUCCACUGGACUUUGUUUCCAAGUUUGAAGAACUUUCCCUUUCCACAAUUCAAUUCAAAAUUUCAGAAAUAGCAUUGAGUUCGAGGUUUGAAAUUC